AUGUCUACAGCUUCUCACACAGACUUUAAACCUCCACCCAUCGUAUAUUGCAUAGCUCUAGGUUACUGCCUUGGUAUUGGGAGGAAGGUGCACCAUCCAGACAAGGUCUGCAUUGCCUGUUUGAAACGCUACGACUGCCGACAACUUCGCACUUGGGCAUAUACCAACGCUUCUGCACUAGCGCUCGUGGAAGAGGAAUACGCCAUCAGACAAAACAGGAAGCAAAACACAGAAAACUGCGGUCAUUACCUUUGCUGUUUUGAGGACCCGGACUUCGAGCACUGUCGGUGGCGCUAUCGUGACCUAAAUCUCCGAGGCACUCGCCUGAACUCAUUGGGUGUCGAAUCAUUUAGCCUGCUGUUUAGGGUGCAGAUGAUGCUCGCACCUCCACCACGACCGCACUGCGCGUUCGGAGCGGCAUGCAGUUCAAAACCAGGUGGACAAGAACAAGGGCCAAACAUUUGCUCAUGGUGUAGGAACAUGAGCUUCGAGGCUCUUCGGAAGCAAGCCGACAAUCACCCUGAUCGUCAGGAUCUGAUACGCCUUAUCGACGAAUACCACCAUCAACUAGAGCGCGAAUGUGAAGAACGAAUAUCAAAAGGAUGGUCAUAUCCAUGCGCAUGCAAAGAUCCCAAAUUCUGCAGGGAGAGCUGGCGACGCAGUUUCAAUCCACAAGACUCACGAGCCUGUGGUACCGUCCGUCACCGAGGCCAGCUGUGUACGAGGUGCUACACAAAAGCUCGUGAGCAACGCUGCGACUGGUUGGCAGAGUUUGACGGCGACAGAAAUGGCUUCCCGUGCGUGUUUGAAGACCUACGGUUGCGAAGACCCGCCGAUGUCAAUUGGAAACGCGGGCCGGUGGACACAUACGGCGUGCCGGAUCCAGACUGGGAAAAAGACUGGAGGAGGCAUGGGCGAUGCGGGAGGAGAGGCCAACGAUAUCAGCUUUGUCAGACUUGCUUCAACAGGAUGAACGAGAUACGCGGCUUUGGACGAUACUUCGACCCCACCUGGGGCAUACUGCACGAUCGCUAUCGAUGA